ACAGAUGAACCAAAAAUGACACUCUGUACGAUACCGACGCUUCAAACAAGGGCUACCAGACGACCAGGACGGCCGCCCAGUGGUAAAUCAUGCAACGGACCCCUCAGACAAAGGGAAAUGACGGGCAAAGUCAGAUCCUCCUACAGAAGAAACCUUGAGCCUUGCGACAACUCAAAUGACAGUGGACUAGGUUUCGGUGACCAUCAGAUGGACCCGCAUCAGCAUCGGUUGGGCACCGAACGACUGACGUGGACCGGCGAACGAGCCGAAGCCAAACGACAAAAGGUGGACAUCAAAUUGGAGGACGAGGAGGUCAAUGACGGGUACUGCUUUCCCGAAAACGUCAGAACGAAUAAAGAUAACAUUUCAUUGAUACGAACGGCACCUACGAGUUCAACGCCUUCCCUCACCAUGUCAACAAACACCAGUAGUACAGUAGUUAGGACGGUACCGAGGUGUGUUCCAUUGUCUAGUAAACAGUCGUCGUCAGGACCUGUUCCUCUCACCACACAGUUAAUGGCGACGUCAAGAUAUACAAACGUUUCUCUACAAAUUCUCAAACAACCAGAGCAGCAACACAGAGCCAGAUAUCAGACAGAGGGUAGUCGAGGGGCCGUUAAAGACAGAGAAGGAAACGGAUUCCCUGUGGUACAACUCGUCAACUAUUUUAAACCAGCUACGUUACAAGUAUUCAUUGGUACGGACACCGGUAGGAUAUCCCCGCACAUGUUCUACCAGGCGUGCAAAGUCAGCGGCAAAAACUCCACACCCUGUACGGAGCGAAAGAUCGACGGCACGUGCGUCAUAGAGCUCCAGCUAGAUCCAGCGAAAGACAUGAGCGCCACCUGCGAUUGCGUAGGGAUACUGAAAGAAAGAAAUGUCGAUGUGGAGCACAGGUUUCCGGAUCAAUUGGGCAAUCGGAGCAAGAAAAAGUCGACGAAAUGUAGAAUGAUCUUUAGGACUACUAUUACAUUAGACGACGGAACGAUAGAGACCUUGCAAGUGUGUUCACAGCCAAUAGUUUGCACACAACCUCCUGGCAUUCCCGAGAUCUGCAAAAAGUCUCUAGGUUCAUGUCCGGCCAGCGGAGGUCUAGAGUUGUUUGUUCUUGGUAAAAACUUCCUCAAAGACACCAGAGUCGUGUUCCAGCAGUACGAAGAAAACCACAUCAGAUGGGAGCAAGCCGUGGUACCCGAUAAAGAAUAUCUGCAACAGACACAUUUCGUAUGUGUAGUACCGCCUUAUCGAAGAACCGACAUCACCGUACCAGUGGCGGUGAGGUUAUGCGUCAUAUCUAGCGGUAAAACAUCUGAAACUCAUCAGUUUGUAUAUACACCCGUUAACGGGGUACCUAGCGUUAUGGAGGAACCAGCACCGGCUCCCCCUCAAUCUCACCAGCCGCCUACGUUCUUCAAGAGUACCUUCUGGCAAUCCAAUGUGUCCAUCAGUAAAAGAGAACAAGAUCUGGAUAUGAUGCCGCCUCCUGAGUCGAGUAUGGUACCGAUUUCUACAAGAAGACCUUCCAUUAACCUCCCAUCCACCAGCGACAGUCAUUCUCCACCUUUACACUCUUUGAAACAAGAAUACAUAGAUGAAUCAAGCCAGAGCUCUAUCAUAGAACAAGAGAGGUACAGGCAUCUGUCUGAGAGUUCUUUAGACGCUCAUCACGGUGACUCUAAUAUGUCGAUGAUCAAUGAAAACUCCAUGAUGAGUCAUAUUAAUGAAAACUCGAACAUAAGUGUGGGUAAUGAAGAUAGUAUCGAUUUAGUCAGAGGAAGCUGCCUGAACCGAGUGACGAACAUUUGCGAAAGUUCUUUAGACUGCGGAAACUCAAACCUGUCGUCCAUAAAUGAAGGUAGUACGUGUAGUAACGUUCUGCCAACCACUCCCCUUUUAGCUGAUCAGAACAGCACGAGUAUGGAAAAAGUGAUGGAUUUACGCAUGAAGAUGCCGAUGGUCACUGUUGCUGAUUUGGUAAAUACGACUGCACCUUCUAUAGCGGCCUUACAGACUUUCGGUAUUAUGGAGCAUCCGUCAGCUCCACUGCCCAACCAAAGUGCUCAGAGUGUGGAGAACUAUCUAAGCCGAAUUGAAGCUAAACCAUCGUUAAUACCUUUAACGAACCCAACGGGUCUUUUAAUGAAAAAUGACAUUAGCCAUAUUAUCAGCACGGAAGGUAGCCUGUUUCCUAGCCAAAAAGCUCCUACGAUGGAAACGUGCGGUGUACUAAAUCUGAGGGAGCCGAUGUUUCCAAGCUCUGCAAGGCCUUUUAUGUCAAGUAGAACACAGAAUGAAGUGAUGAACAUUGUUGCGAAAUCAGAAAGUGCAGAUGUACCUGAACAGUCGUCACCGGAACAAACAAACGCUAUGGCUUCCUCUGCGAUAACGACAGUAGCUACUGCCCUCGAUCGUAGUGUUCCUACACCAAUUAACACAGAAAGACUCGAUGCUUUAGUCAAUUCAACCGUGGAGUCACAUUUGAGCCCUACCAGAGCAGAUUCCUCGCCGAAGGAUAUACUCAUAAAUAAUUUGACCUCCUUAGUAUCAGCAGCUCCUCCAGAGGUGAUGAUUCCCACACAAGAUGUAAUGCUCAAUUCCCAAGCUAGUCUCAUGGUGCCUCCCAUGAUAAACACAACCAUGACGACUUCCUCUCUGGGACCAGCUGAACUGUCGAAUCCCUCGCCCAAUCUCACCUCAGAAGUCAUAUUGAAUUCCCAAAUUUCCCCGAGUAUGAUGUGCCGCAGUUCAAGUGCGCUACAACAAGAAACACUUCUUGCGCCCUCCCCCAACAUGAACUUAUGCCAAACCACCACUGCCGUUGAACAAGCGCUACUCAGCAGCACUUCUCCGCAGCAAUCGCUUCUCAGCACUCCUCAGCCCUCCGAGAUCGCCGCCGCUUUGACCAACGAGCCGGAGAAUGCCGUGCUGCUGAAUGCAGCCGUCGAUCUCCUCCAAACGCAGAAGAAACUCAGCGACUUGGGGACCAACUUACCUGCUAGUACAAGUCAAUUAACGACGCAAGCCGAAACGUUCUCCCAAUCCUUUGGAUCUAUGAGUAUUCCUGUCAAAGAAAUGGUGCCGGCGUCGCAAGGCGACAAGAAUAAGCUUCAGAACGUUGACAGGAUGAUACCGCAAAGUUUUACCUCCUUGACUGAGAACGAACUGAUCAGUCUGAUCAACCCGAGUUGUUUCGAUCAAGGUAAUAGUAGUAAUAGUUACCGUUAA